UAAAAUCAGUGUAGUUCGUUGCCUCGUCGUGAGCGGUUGUCUGCUAGCUAUAUAGACCCAAUUGCGACCAAGUUCCUCUCUCUUACCAGAGUUGGUAACACGAAAUACGUAAAUUCAAACGGAAACCCGUCGAACGCCUAACAACAACUUGAAGCGUGCAGUCAAAGCGAACCAUUGGAUUAUCGCGCACGUUUCACAAACAAUCAGCAAACUAAAAAAACGAAACAAGCAACACAACAAACCAAAUUUUAAUUUUGAACAACACACAUGUUUUAGUUGAGCAAAUGUGACAAAACAAAAAAAUUGGCUAUUCAAAAUAUUUUCCCAAAAGUGAAACAGUGAAAACGCAAACACAUCACAAAAUACAAACAAAAACCGAAACACUGCAUUUUGCAUUUUAUGUUCUGUUCACCAACGAUUUAAUCUGCUAAAAAACUAGAAAUUGUUGCCAAACAAUCAUCAAAGAAAAACAAUAGCACUAUGGAAAACUGAAAAUCUCAACAGAAACUGAAAGAAUUGAAACAGCAGCACAGAGCGAAGCAAACCGAAAGACAGAAAUCAAAAGAGAAUCAGAGACCCCAAGAUGCAGCGAAACAUGAUGAUCACCUUCGUGGGCAUCUGGUGUAUUUUGGCCAGCAUUGGAGUGGAGCCUGCGGCGGGUUUGGCCAAUUGCCCGCCCGGCUGCCAGUGCGAUGAUAAUACCCUGGUGGUACAAUGCGGCGAGGGCCAGCUGGACGUGCUGCCCAUUGCUCUGAAUCCAUCCAUUCAGCGUCUGGUGAUCAAGAGCAACAAGAUCAAGACCAUCGACUCGUCCAUCCAGUUCUACGCGGAGCUGACCUUCCUCGAUCUGUCCUCGAAUCACCUGAUGACCAUUCCGCAGCGCACCUUCGCCUAUCAGAAGAAGCUGCAGGAGGUGCAUCUGAAUCACAACAAAAUUGGACAGAUCAGCAAUAAGACCUUCAUUGGUCUGUCGGCAGUUACGGUUCUGAAUCUGCGUGGUAACCAAAUCUCGGAGCUUCACCAGGGCACCUUCACUCCUCUCCUGAAGAUCGAGGAGCUGAAUCUGGGUGAGAAUCGAAUUGGCUAUCUGGAUCCCAAGGCUUUCGAUGGACUCUCACAGUUGCGAAUCCUUUAUCUGGAUGAUAAUGCCUUGACCACCGUUCCCGAUCCCGUGAUCUUCCAAGCCAUGCCCAGUCUGGCUGAGCUGUUCCUUGGAAUGAACACCCUGCAGAACAUUCAGGCUGGUGCCUUCCAGGACCUGAAAGGACUUACUCGCCUGGAGCUCAAGGGUGCCAGUCUACGCAACAUCUCCCACGACAGCUUCCUGGGCCUGCAGGAGUUGCGCAUUCUUGAUCUUUCCGAUAAUCGUCUGGAUCGCAUUCCCUCCGUGGGUCUCAGCAAGCUGGUUCGUCUGGAGCAGCUGUCCCUGGGUCAAAACGACUUCGAGGUGAUCAGCGAAGGCGCCUUCAUGGGCCUGAAGCAACUUAAACGCCUGGAGGUGAAUGGAGCUCUUAAACUGAAGCGUGUGAUGACCGGAGCCUUCAGCGACAAUGGUAACCUGGAGUAUCUGAAUCUAUCGUCCAACAAAAUGCUUUUGGAGGUUCAAGAGGGUGCCCUCAGCGGGCUGUCUCAAUUGAAGCAUGUGGUUCUCAAGGCCAAUGCGCUGACUUCCUUGGCAGAAGGUCUGUUCCCGUGGAAGGAUCUUCAGACUCUGGACCUCUCCGAAAAUCCCUUGUCCUGCGACUGCCGUGUGAUGUGGCUGCACAAUCUGCUGGUGGCCAAGAAUGCCAGUCAGGAUGAUGUUUCCGAAUUGCUGUGUGAGUUCCCCGAACGUCUGCGCGGCGAAUCCUUGCGCCAUUUGAAUCCCGUCAUGAUGGGAUGCAGCCAUGCCGAUCCUCGCAAGCAGGCCUUGAUUGGAGCUCUUCUGGUUGGAUCUGCUGCCACGAUUACCGCCUUGGCUUUGGUUCUGUACCGCUGCCGUCAUAAGAUCCGCGAAACCAUCAAGGGCGGUCUGUGGGGCAACUCAGCGCUGGGCCGCAAGGAGCGGGAAUACCAGAAGACCUUCUGCGACGAAGACUACAUGUCGCGCCAUCAGCAUCAUCCCUGCUCUCUGGGCAUCCACUCCACGUUCCCCAACACCUAUACCGCACCUCAUCAUCCCGGAGCUACCCAUCACUAUGGAAUGUGCCCGAUGCCUGUCAAUGACCUGGGCGCCAUCGAUCCUCAGCAGAAGUUCCAGCAGCUGGUGGUGCCCACCGCCACAAUGGUCAGUGAGAAGAAGCUGAAUAACAACAAGGCCAUGGUUUCACAGGGAGCCAUCGACGACAGUGCCUCAUUUGUGCUGCACAUGAAAUCGGCUACCAUGGGUCGGGAUGUGCAUCAGCAGAAUCCCCAGCUGAACCACUAUACCAAGCCGCAGUUCCUCUCGGCUACGGCUACAGUUGGUGACUCCUGCUACUCAUAUGCGGAUGUGCCCAUGGUGCAUGGUGCCCCGUUGGGUGGACCGAAUCAGCCGCAACUGCGACUGACCCAAGAGCACUUCAAGCAGCGUGAGCUGUACGAUCAGGAGAUGGGCAGCGAGAUCCUGGACCACAACUACAUCUACAGCAAUACCCACUACUCGAUGCCGUUGGAGCAACUGGGUCGCAGCAAGACGCCCACGCCGCCACCGAUGCCACCAGCUUUGCCCCUGCGGAAUGGACUGUGUGCCACCACAGGACGCAGAUCCUUCCAGCAGAAGUCCGCCUCUCAGAAGCAGCAGCAGAACAACAACACCCUGCGUCAGUUCACGCACUGAUCCUCGACCUAUCGACGCAGGCAGCUGAGCAUCUAUGCUUAGUAGUCCGCUGCCCAACACUGUGAUGCCAAAACCCCCAAAAAGCCCACUAAAACCACUCCCUCCCCUCCAGAGACAAUUAGCGUGUAGUUAGGCGUAAGGAAAACAUUGUAGUAGCUGUAAUCGAAAUACAACCUAGGCAUUAAGUCAGAGAAAAUCUUGCCUUGUACAUACUUAACUUUAAAGCACUCUUUCGAACCUAUAGAACACUGAAGGAUCUCCAAUUCUAUCAGCACUUUGCCAACACUACUGUUUUCCUCGUCCCCCUCCGAGCAUAAGUUAAUCGUAGUCUCUAAGAUGAAUUGUAAAUGAUAUACGAGUUUAGAUAAAGACAACAAAGCACUGAGAGUCAACGUAAGCUUAAUUUUAACUUAUUUAAUUUAUUGUUAAAUGCAAAAUCGUAUCAGAUGCAAACAACUAUUUAUGUAUUAGUUAGAACAAGAAAUUUAUGCAAAUUUAAGCGACAAAACAAAAUAUCAAACGAAAACAGAAAAUAUACGCAAUGAAA